UAAUAGUAAUAGUGCGUAAUUCCUGGACUUCCGCGCGGGGCUAGUAACUUGUCGCCAACUGUCGCGGAGCCUCCAACCAAAGUCAAAGCACCUGAGCUUUACUCCUAUCAGUAGAAACGAUGGAUUUAACCAAGAUUCAUGAGGACCCGAUAGGGCUACUGCUGGCAAUGAUCGCUGGCGCGCUGGUUGCUUUCUUUCUCCUAGCGCGCAAGGAGAAGCGGCCGCUGGGCCCCAUGUUUACGCUGCCUAUCCUUGGUGAUACGGUUGCACUUGCGCUUAGCGAACAAAGUCGGUUCAUGUUUUCUCGGUACAAGAAGUACGGCAGCGUGUUCCGCCUGAACCUGCUGGGCAAGCACAUGUACAUCCUGUCCGACCUGGAGGCGCUGCGCGGGCCGUACCGCGACGAGGGUGCCAUACCCGAGGUCCCUUUCCCCACCUUCAAGCUGCUCAUGGGAGAUUUCAACGUGGCGGGCGGCGGCAAGCACAUUCACGGACCCUGGCGCAAGGCCUCGCUGGCGGCGCUUGGACCCGCGGGGCUGCAGUCCAUGUUCCCGCCCGUGCUGCGUGUGAUGCAAAGCCACCUGUCGGAGUGGGAGGCGGCGGGGCGCGUGGAGGUCUUCCAGUCGGCGCGGCGCAUGGGUCUGGAGCUGGCAGUGGACGUGGUGGCAGACGUGGAGCUGUCGCCGGCGGUGGACCGGGCCUGGUUCAAACAGCAGGCGGAGACGUGGCUGUACGGCAUGUGGGGUCUGCCGGUGCCGCUGCCGGGCAGCGCGCUGGCCAAGGCACUGGCCGCGCGGAAGGUGCUGCUGCGUGUGCUGGGCCAGGAGCUGGCGGCGGACCAUGAGGACUACAAGAGCAGGUGGACGGAGCUGGGCUCCAGCGGUGCGGCCAUGGCUGACGAUCUCGUGGCUAAGGCGUCGGCGGCGCCGGGGGCGGAGGGUGCCAAGGGCUUGGGCGCGCCGCGCCUGAGCCACGUGAUUCGGCUGGGACUGUUUGGCCUGGGGGCCACGGAGGUGGAGCACUCGGCACUGGCGGUCCUUCACGCAGUCAUGGCCAGCGCCGACACCACCCGCUUCGCGCUCUUCAACACCUGGGCCCUGGUGGCGCAGAGCGCGCGCGUGCAGGAGAAGCUGUAUGAGGAGCAGCAGAAGGUGAUUGAGGAGUUCGGGCCGGAGCUGUCUUACAAGGCCGCAUCCAGCAUGCCCUACAUGGACGCGACCAUCAAGGAGUGCAUGCGGCUGCUGCCCGCCUCCGCCGGCGGGCCGCGCAAGCUGACGCAGGACCUCAAGGUCGGGGAGGUGGUGCUGCCGGCAGGCUCCUUCGUAUGGAUGUAUUCCUACCUCCUGCACUGCCUGGACCCGGUGCUGUGGGACGGCGACACCAGCGUGGACGUGCCGGCCCACAUGGACUGGCGCAACAACUUCGAGGGCGCGUUCCGGCCCGAGCGAUGGCUCAGCGAGGAGACAAAGCCGAAGUACUACUUCACGUUCGGCUACGGCAACCACUUGUGCGCCGGCAUCAACCUCGCGUACCUGGAGAUCCGCACGAUGCUGGCCCUCGUCAUUCGCAAGUAUCGGCUGCGGCUGCAGACGCCCGACAUGCUGUCUCGGGCUCGCUACUUCCCGUUUGUGGAACCCAGCCCCGGCACCGACACUGUGCUCCUAGAGGCACGGUGAGAGGCAGAUGCCUCACAACCUUUUCUGGAGCCCAUGGCUGCUAGGGACACGCUGGGGAGUCAGGGCAUGAGCAUGGGUCUUACUGACGUUAGCUGCUAAGCAUGAAUUGUUUACUGAGGACGGGACGUCAAGCGGCUGCGAAGUGCGGCGGCAUUUACAUACCGUAGCAGGUUGGGGGUCACUCGUACGGGCGGGGGAGCAGGGGCGCGGCCAGGGGAGGAGGGCACGGGAGGAGGGCACGGGAGGAAUUUAUGGGAGGAGGUCACCUGGUCACAGAGGAGGCGUAUGGCUGCAGCAGGUGCUGCCAGCCUGGCUGCUCCGCCGUGCUGCUCGUCGUUUGGUAAGGGCGCGAAGAGAGCUGAGCUCUCGUUGAGGGAGGCCAGAUGGAGCCGCUCGUCGUACGGACGGCACCGUACACAGGACGUUCGGUGGCGGCCGGCCGCCUGAUGACUGAACGGGGCGGAUGGAAGCUCAAGAGAAUAUCAGUUUGUUGGCUGUGGCAGGGAGCUUUGGACUGCGUCUCUGUUGUAUGCAUAUGCGUGUCUCCAGUUGCGCGUGUGGGCGCAAACAUAGGAGGCUUCUCAUGCGUCUGUGUGAACACAAAGGGCCGCGUUGUGCCCCACAGUAUACAGCGAACAUGUCGUCAAGAGCAGGCAUAUAGGCGGAGACUGUUUCUUUCUUAGAGCAAAGAAUGUAUCAGACCGGCGAAGGAAGGGAAGUGACACGGCGGAGUCCGUAGAUUGUGGGCAGCGAAAGGCGCUGCACACAGCUGGACACUCCGACACUGGCAGUCUGGUACCCACCCACCCACCCAACAUAUGCAGGGGCUGGCCGGCUGGGUGCCUGGGUCCCUCAAGAAAGGAGCUUCGCAGCCUUCGCUGCAUGUGCUGGGCGUACGAAAUGGCAAGUGAGAUGCUCUACGUACGCAUUAGUUCCGCAACGC